UGUGACAUUUGUGGAGAAUUUACCCACAACAGUGUAUUGAAAAAACAUUACAGAACUCACACUGAUGAGAAACGUAUUUCAUGCGAAUCAUGUGGAAAAAGUUUCUCACGAAAUGGAGCUUUAAAUGACCAUAGGAGAAUUCAUACAGGUGAGAAACCUUUUUCAUGCGAAUCUUGCGGAAAAAGUUUUACUCGAAACAGUAAUUUAAAAGUUCACAAGAGAAUUCAUACAGGUGAAAAACCUUUUUCAUGUGAAUCAUGUGGAAAAAGCUUCUCUCGAAUUAGAGAUUUAAAUGACCACAAGAGAAUUCAUACAGGUGAGAAACCUUUUUCAUGCAAACAUGCCGAAAAGCUUCAGACGAGGUAGUGAUUUGAUGUCCACAAGAAAAUUCAUACAGGUGAAAAACCUUUUUCAUGUGAAUUAUGUGGGAAAAGCUUCUCUCGAAUUAGAGUUUUAAAUGAGCACAAGAGAAUUCAUACAGGUGAGAAACCUUUUUCGUGUGAAUCAUGCAAAAAAAGCUUCAGACGAGUUAGUCAUUUGAAUGUCCACAAGAAAAUUCAUACAGGUGAAAAACCUUUUUCAUGCCAAUCAUGCAAAAAAAGCUUCAGACGAGUUAGUCAUUUGAAUAUCCACAAGAAAAUUCAUACAGGUGAAAAACCUUUUUCAUGUGAAUCAUGUGGGAAAAGCUUCUCUCGAAGGAGAGUUUUAAAUGAGCACAAGAGAAUUCAUACAGGUGAGAGGCCAUUUUCAUGCGAAUUAUGUGGAAAGAGUUUCCGUCGGAUGAGUGACUUAAAUGUCCACAAGAAAAUUCAUGCAGGAAAGAUUCUUUGUUGAUACAAAUGAUGCGGGAAAACGUUUUUCUCAAAUUGCUCAAUUUGUUGUCCACAAGAGAAUUCAUCCAGGUGAGAGGCCUUUUCCUGGAUGAUCCUGUGAAAAAAAGCUUCUCUCGAAGGAAUAGUUUGAGCAAUAACCUGAAAACUCAUACAUGUCAGAGACUAUUUUGAAGCCAGUCUUGUGGAAAAGUUUUCUCUGAAUAUAUGCAAUAAAUUACCAGCUCUUCACCCACUGGAGCUGAACGCACAGUGCCUCACACAUUCCUCUUGGUUGCAUCUGCAGAGAAAUUAGUUCAUCAAUCAGUUGGAUCUGCAAAUGUGCAUUAGUGAAGGAUGUGAAUUGUAACCUGUCAAAUGAAGGAUGGACUUCAGAAUUUUCCAGUUGUUUAAAAAAAUGACUUGUCAAAUAGGAAAAUAUUCCCUUAACACAACCUCUGGUCCCAUGACAGAAUAUAAAAUUGGUUGCUCUCUGCACACUUGUCACUAUUUUCUGAGUCUGUCUGACCCAUUAAAACUGUAAAUCCU